UUUUUUUUUUUUUUUUUUUCUCAGUGAUUGUGAAAUUUCUAGCUACAGAUUCAAAUAAUAACUAGUGGAUGGAUUUGGCGGCUUAUGGCAAAGAUUGCAAGGACAAAGUACAUUCCAUACAUGGUACGAUAAGGUCCUAUCCGGAUUGCUGGCGGGGAUUAGGUGUAGGGGCUGUAGGCCCCCACAACGUGGCUGCUUUUGUUAGGAUAUUGUGCAGUCGAAGACCAGGAUAAAUGGAUUUGGCUCUCGGGCCCCCAAGAUGACGGUUUAGAUUCUCUGAUUCGUUCUUACUGAUCGCUUCACCAAAACGCAUCCGUCUCAAUUUGAAAUCGCCAAGUGGGGUAGCCAGUAUAAGUGUACUCCCCACUCCAACGUGGCUCACUCUGUGCACGGUCAUAAAAAUUGAUUGGCUGAUGAUGCGGCUCGGAUUAUGGACUGUGAAGUUUCAAGCACAGCCUUAGAUUUUCUGCCAGUCUGAUUUCCUCUUAAUCUGAAAAGGGUUGCCGUCUUAAUAUUGAUGACAAUGUGAUCCCCACCUCCUCCCCUCCAUGACUUCCAUCUACAUUGCGCAUAGUGGGAUUUAGAUUCUCUCAACGUAGACUAAACCCCAGAAUCCUUCUUCAACCCCUCAUAUUCCAAGCACUCUUCAAAUCCAGUCUUGAAAAUACAGCGGAUCGCUCAGAAAUGGCUUCGGGCAAUACUCCAGCUACAACCGACUACACGAUAGGGUGGAUCUGUGCCCUUCAAGAUGAAUUGGUGGUGGCUGAAGCGAUGCUGGAUGAACGUUACCCAUGCCCCCCGCAGCCACCCAGCGACGAUAACAUAUACACCGUUGGCCGAAUCGCAUCGUAUUAUACUGUCAUCGCAUGUCUCCCUGCCGGUCUACAUGGCACCACAUCAGCAACAAGAGUGGCCGAACAAAUGCAACGGACCUUCUCGGCUCUGAAAUUUACUCUCGUGGUGGGAAUCGGGGGAGGAGCUCCGAGUGAUGACCAUGAUAUCCGACUUGGAGAUGUUGUGGUUAGCCAGCCUUCUGAUGGGCGUGGUGGUGUCCUAAACUACCGGUUCGGAAAGAUAAUAGACGGCCAGGGAUUCCAGUGCACAGGCUUUUUGAAUAAACCACCCCAAAUGUUACUGAAUGCGGUGGCGUAUCUCAAAUCACAACACCGGCUACAUGAAUCCUCCUUGCCCUAUCAUCUGGCUAGUAUGAUACAGCAGCACCAGAAGCUCGGAGAGAUCUUUGAGUACCAAGGCGAGGAGCUUGAUCGGCUAUUCGUUGCAGAAUACUCCCAUGCUAGCGGCAAGGGACAUUGUGACGAAUGUGACCUGACCAAGACAAAACACCGACCCUCACGUGGUAACCUCGACCCGGUUGUUCAUUACGGCCUUAUUGCUUCUGGAGACGUGGUCAUAAAGGAUGCUGUGGAGCGGGAUACAAUUCAACAGCGGUACGGGAUUUUAUGUUUCGAAAUGGAAGCUGCUGGCUUGAUGAAUGGACUGGACUGCCUAGUCAUUCGGGGAAUCAGUGACUAUUCGGAUUCUCAUAAAAAUGAUCGUUGGGGCCCCUAUGCUGCGGCUGCAGCUGCUGCAUAUGCAAAAGAGUUGAUAAGAUCUCUCCCGGUACAGGAGCCAAAGACAUGUGUUCGGCCCCAAUCAAGGUGUAUGUGGUAACUCUCAGAUGAUUCCAGUAAAAAGCAAGCUCGAGGUAUCCUUAGACCAACCUUCUCAGUUCGCAGAUGGUUCCGUUUCCGCCUUUUCGAGCCCGGCGAUAGUUGAUAGGCGUAGAGCACUAAUUACCGCAGAUCGCGGGCUUGAAGCCGCCAAGGUAUCAACCAGACUCAGAAGUUCAGGCACGCUUGAUCGACCCAUCUACUUAAAUAUAUAUCCCCGGAACAACCGUUUUUUUGGGCGACGUGAUAUCUUGCAGGCUAUCUCUAAACAAUUAUUUCCCGCUAUGGACGCUACACCGAGACUACAAUCGUUCGCUUUGUAUGGUCUUGCAGGAAUUGGCAAAUCCCAAAUUGCGACGGAGUUCGUGUACAGGAGCAAGAAAAUGUUCCGUGCUAUCUUUUGGGUUUCGGCUAGUAGUACUGAGAAGCUGUUUCAGGGUUUCACUGAUAUUGCAAGGGAACUAAACCUCUCUGAUGGGACAACGAUAAAGAAUCAGCGGGCGAUUGUGAAACUUGUCAAUCAAUGGUUUAUACGCACAGUCGAGCCUUGGCUACUCGUCCUGGACAAUGCCGAUGACCUAUUAAUCAUUAACCAGUUCUGGCCUUCCUCGGAUCGUGGUGCGGUGCUUGUGACAAGCCAGAAUCCUGCGUCUGGGUCCCAACUAGAUAUGGGAAUGGAAGUCAAACCCUUUUCCCCAGAAGAAAGCUCGAUAUAUUUUCGUGAGCAGCUCGGUGGUGUCCGAGUUCAAGAUGACGAAGCCAAGCAAAUCACUGAGUCUUUUGGGCACCACACCCUCACCAUUAAGCAAAUGGCCUCCUAUAUACGGGAGUCAAAGUGUAGUAUCUCACAAUUCCGGGAAGCAUAUGCCGACUCUACGAAGCGGCGACAAUUACUGGCGACACCCAAUGAAUUUUCUGCCCCUGGCUAUUCGCACACCACCGCGACGGCAUUUGCAGUUAUAUUUUCAAAACUCAGCAUUGAUUCCCUGUGGGCCCUGGGCAUGCUCUCCUUUUUUGAUCCCGACAGAAUUCCAGAGACACUACUAGAAGAUAAGCAAAAUAGGAUACCUUACUUGGCUGACAUUAUAAGCCGUCAUGGGAUUAUGCGAGACUUGGGCCGCUACUCCCUUAUAGACAAAUUGGAGGACGAACCAAAUCUACGACUUCAUAGAAUUGUUGCCUAUACAAUCGCAGAGGAGUUCGAUUCAGAUGUAGCCAGGGCCCAAGUUGCUUUCCAAAGUGCGGUGGCCAUGCUCCACCAAUAUUUUCCUCUACAGAGCGAAGCACGUAGCCAUAUGAACGAAAAGUGGGGGGAAUGUGAAAAAUACGUACCGCAUGUGCUAGCAUUCAAUGAUCGCUAUCGCAACUUAUCAGAGCAAGUCACUUUAACACUCUCUUAUGACUUUAUUGAACUCCUUUACUGCUGUGCAUGGUAUCUCUUUGAGAGGGGUCGGUUCGAUCUUAGCUUCUCCAUUGUUGGCUCAGCAGAGUCCGCUUACAACCGGGCUGAUCUCCAGGACCACGGCCUGCUGCUGGCUGACCUGUAUAGCCUACAGGCUGACAUACACAACGAACUAACCCAGGCGGAUAAGGCAGUCGAAUUUGCCAAGAGGUCAUUAGAGAUCAAGGAGAAAGCAGUUGCUGCCAAAGUGCUCGACAAACAUCACCCUCAAUUAGCUAACUCCUACAUGGAUAUCGGUGUCUUUAUCGCCGGCACGAAUCCGCUCGGUGCCAUCCGCUUGCAUGAAAGGGCCAUUGCGAUUCGAGAAGGAUCGCCCAAGUACGCAGAUGAUCAGAUGCAACUACUAUCUUUGAAUUACAUGAAUAUCGGUCGCUGCUGGUGGAUGGUGGAGGAAUUUGACAAAGCCACUGCCGCAUACCAGAAGAGCCUUGACAUUAUCAAAAAGCUGGAAGAAGUGACGGGGGCACCUUUUGCACAGAAAUCCUGGGCCAUGUCAGCUCUUGCAAAUGUUCUCAUCGACAAGGGAAAUUUUGACGCCGCGUUUGAUCUCUACGCCCAAAGCAUGAUAGUGCAUCAACUAGUACUUGGGAUAACUCACCACAAGACCGCAGCCUGUUACAACAAAAUUGCCUGGUUCCUACGAGAACAAGGCGAGUACGGAAUGGCAAUCGAUUAUCUUCGGCUGUCACUUAAGAUACAUACAAAUAAACAUGCCAUAGACAGACGGCCCGAAAUUGCGCGAACAAAAUACCAGCUCGCAGAGGUCUUACGUGAUGUCGGCCAGAUUGAAGAAGGCAAUCGACUCAAGGCUGAGGCUCAACAACUACGACUCCAGCUCGUAGGGAAGCUACCAGGGGAAGAUGAGUCACAAAAGGCCUACGAUGAACUAGUCGCAUAUUUUUAUCGAUGAUAGCAUAUCGCUAAGUUGUUCUUUUGGAAUCGAACAUUCUAUUACAGGCAUCUGGCAUUUCUCGGAAUCUACAAGUUGACAAUAUUAUCAGCCCUCGAGCCUUCAAUGUUAAAAUACUGUUUUGCAAAGAAAAUCAUAAGUAUUGCGAUUCCAUCUCUUAAUUAAAGGAUAGGGAGUCCUAGGGGGCUUAUAGAGGCCAAAGCCCCUAGCUUGCCCACUAGCUCACUGCCUAAAUCCCAGAUCAGCCUGGAGAUUCAAUACACUAGUAAUCAUAUUUCAGGAUAAAUUCUCACCGAUUGAAUUCCUUUUGACGACGUCAGGCCCGCCAUCACCACCUCAGCACCCAAUCCUCACUCCAC